AUGAAUCAAACAAGAUUAUUUCUAUUUGGUUUAUUAUUAUUAUUAAAUGUUCAAAUAAUAUCAUCAAAUUCUUAUUAUUUAAUUGAUAUUGAUAAAAAUAUAUCAUUUAAUACAAGUUAUUGUUCAAAUAUAUUAAUAAAUAAAAAUUUAUAUCGUUUACCAAAUCAAUGUCAUAAACAUUUAUUAUGUUAUCGAUAUAAUUGUGAUUAUCGUUUAUAUCGUUCUGUCGGUUAUCAACCAACAUUAGCUACUGAUAUGGGUACUAUGCAAGAACGUAUUACUACAACUAAAAAAGGUUCAAUUACAUCCGUACAGAGUGCGAAAAAAAAAUUUCCGCCAGAAGUAAUUUUUCAGGCUAUUUAUGUACCAGCUGAUGAUUUAACAGAUCCAGCUCCAGCUACAACAUUUGCACAUUUAGAUGCUACAACUGUCUUAUCUCGUAGUAUUGCUGAAUUAGGUAUUUAUCCAGCUGUAGAUCCAUUAGAUUCAACAUCACGUAUUCUUGAUCCAAAUAUUGUCGGUGAAGAACAUUAUUCAGUUGCACGUAGUAUUCAAAAAACACUUCAAGAUUACAAAUCAUUACAAGAUAUUAUAGCUAUAUUGGGUAUGGAUGAAUUAUCUGAUGAUGAUAAAUUAACUGUUGCUCGUGCUCGUAAAAUUCAACGUUUUCUAUCUCAACCUUUUCAAGUUCUUGCUGAAAUCUUUACUGGUACACCUGGUAAAUUAGUACCACUUAAAGAAACAAUCAAAGGAUUUAAAAUGGUUUUGAAUGGUGAAUUAGAUCAUUUACCCGAAGGAGCUUUCUAUAUGGUUGGUGGUAUUGAAGAUGUAUCUGCUCGUGCUGAAAAACUUGCUGCUGAACGUUAG